AUGCUACCAACAUUAACAGUUUUCUUCAUGUUGCUCUUUGUCCUACUCUGUUUCCUGGGAAUCCUGGCCAACGGCUUCAUUGUGGUAAUGCUGAGCAGGGAAUGGCGACGGCGAGGUAGGCUGCUCCCCUCAGACAUGAUCCUCCUCAGUUUGGGCACCUCUCGAUUCUGCCAGCAGUGUGUUGGGCUGGUGAGCAGUUUAUACUACUUCCUCUACCUGGUGGAGUACUCCAGGGGACUUGCCCGGCAGCUCAUUAGUCUCCACUGGGACUUCUUGAACUCAGCUACUUUUUGGUUUGGCACCUGGCUCAGUGUCCUGUUCUGUAUCAAGAUUGCUAACUUCUCGCAUCCAGCCUUCUUGUGGUUGAAAUGGAGGCUCCCGGCAUUGGUACCCUGGCUCUUGCUGGGCUCUGUCCUGGUGUCCUUGGUCGUGACUCUGCUGUAUUUCUGGGGAAACCACACUAUAUAUCAGGCAUUUUUAAGAAGAAAAAUUUCUGGGAAUGUAACCUUUAAGGAGUGGAACAGAAGGUUGGAAAUAGACUAUUUCAUGCCUCUGAAACUUGUCACCUUGUCAAUUCCUUGCUCUCUUUUUCUGGUCUCAAUUUUGCUGUUGAUCAAUUCUCUCAGGAGACAUACCCAGAGAAUGCAGCACAAUGGCCACAGCUUGCAGGACCCCAGCGCCCAAACUCACAGCAAAGCUCUGAAGUCACUCGUCUUAUUCCUGGUUCUUUACGCACUGUCAUUUGUGUCCAUGGUCAUUGAUGCUACGGUCAUCAUCUCCUCAGAUACCAUGUGGUAUUGGCCCUGGCAAAUAAUACUUUACUUGUGCAUGUCUGUACACCCGUUUAUCCUUAUCACCAAUAAUCUCAGGUUUCGAGGCACCUUUAGGCAGCUAAUGUUGUUGGCCAGGGGUUUCUGGGUGGCCUAG